AAACAUAUGUCGAUGACAAAGGCUAUGUACAAUAUCGUCGCCGGGCACAAGAAGAUGCAUGGAUAGUACCAUAUAAUCCUAUGCUACUCCUAAAACUAGAAUGUCAUAUUAAUUUUGAAAUUGCUUCAACUGUUCACCUAUUCAUGUAUUUAUACAAAUACCUUUUUAAAGGCCCUGAUCACAUAAAUUAUACUAUUAACAAUAAAUUUGAAAAUUCCAGUCAACAACCUAUUAAUGAAUUCAAUGAUUAUAUUAAUGGAAGAUACCUAUCAGCACCUGAAGCAGCGUGGAGAAUAUUUCGUUAUCCUGUAACUACAUCAGAUCCAUCAGUUCUGACACUUCCUAUACAUCUUCAAAAUGCUAACAUCCCACAAUAUCGACGAACUCGAAAUAUUACAUCAACAGCUUCAUUACUAGAUCGUUACUUCCUUAGACCACUAGACUCCCGUUUUAAACAAUUACAUAAUAAUCUAAAUGCUACUGAAAUAACAUUGCAACAAAUAGCUUCCAUGAUUGCAGAACGUGGACGACGUAUGAAAGACUUUGGACUUCCAGAACCAAAUACCUGGACACGAGAAAUAAUUGG